AUGGUUUCCUACCRACCGGAGCCGCGCGUGGUGCGGCGGCGCCUGUCGCAGGCCCGGCACCGCGCCAAGCUGGCCGGGCUCUACAGCAGCCUGCGGGAGGCUGUGCUGACGCAGGCGGACGCCGCGGCCUCCAAGUGUCAGGUGUUGCAUAAGGCUAAGAGUUGUAUCCAGGAGCUGGAGCAAACCUUGGGYUUUUUGCUGAAGAUGAAAGGUACCUCCUUCAGCCUGGAGGAUGGGAGCCCGUCCACCUUGGAGGAGGUCCGGGAGGAGUACGUCAGGAAGCACUUCGGCAAUCACAGCACUGCCUCACCCUUAGAAACUGCGAGUGAGAGUGACUCUACAGUCUGGUUUUGGAGUGAAGAAUAUGAAAAAAACACAACCAAGGAUGAUGUGAACCUGGGGCUUAUCCAGUCCCCACCCACUUCAUCUCCUGAUUUGCUGGAAUUUGAACAGUACCUGUGCUUCUACAAGCACACAGUGGACCUGCUGAUAGAGCAUGGAGUAGUUUGCAUGGAAGAGGUGCCUCUUCCUGUAGUCUCCACAGCCAUUUCCCACCUCUGGCAGGAACUGUGUGAAGAAAGCAGAGAAUGCAUCUUGCAGUACUGUAGACAGAGAGCUUUCCUGCUGGAUCCCAAAGUGCCCUACCAGGAGCCUGCCUGUGCCGAAGGCAGCAUGAGGGACAGCCGAGGUAACAGUGARGAAGCCAGUGGUUCCCUGGUCUCCACGCAGGAGGAAGUAAUGUUUGAAGAUGCUUUUGAUGUUGCUUCUGGUUUCCUUGACAGAAAUGAGACUCAGGGAAUGUCUAGUCAGAGCUCAGCAUUUGGAAGCUGCACUUCCGAAAAUCCAGGGGAUCACCAUGGACUCUAUGUGCAGAUCAUUGGCUUCCUCAAAAACCUUUUCUUUGCUAAUACAGAGUUUUGCCAGGAAGAUUCUCUUCAGUUCGACUAUGAGACCGUGAUGCUGAGGUGCACUGAGACCUUUGAUGAUGAAGAUCUGUAGAUAGUGUCUGUUUGCUGCUGUUUUGCUGAGCAUUGCUGGGUACACCAGGUAUGCGAAGAGACUGCGCCUCUUUCAGCGGAGUGUCCCUCCAAGGGG